GGGUGGUCCAAAGCAGGCGAAAGAACUUGAGAAAGAAUGCGCUCUUUGAAAUUUAGCAACCGCGAGCUACGCAGACAGAGCACCAUUGCAAACAGCUUCCAGCGAGAGGCCGGCGCUUCAAACACAUUAGAUGACGACUCGGGUACUGUAGUAGCCGUUUGUGGGCUUGUCCGAUUUCUCCGGCUCAUUUACAAGUAAAGACAUCUUUCAUACCGCCAAUGGCUUUCACCGUGACGGGCAGCUCGUACGAGGACAAGUUGAUUCAUUCGUAUCUAGAGCUUGCAAUUGGCUACACAUCACGCGUCAAGAGGAUAGCUUCAUGAUUGGAGGACACACAGCAUUAAUAGUAAACAGUUACUCUUAUGAUACUGAUGGUUUAUCCCUGCUUGCAAUCAUAUUUGUUUGGGUGGUCCAACACCUGUGGAGAAUUGGCUCGAGAGAGCAAGCCCUUCCUCCCGGUCCGCCCACUCUCCCUUUGCUCGGGAAUCUGCAUGUCUUCCCUCAAACCCGUGCACAUCUCAAAUUCACAGAGUGGGCUCGGACCUACGGCGAAAUCUAUUCACUCAAAAUCGGUUCAGGAACUGCUAUCGUAGUGUCCAGUUCAAAGAUGGCUCGUGAAUGUUUCGAGCUGCAUGGAGCAACCACCUCUGAUCGCCCUGCUAUACAUGUUGGAGAGCUAGUGUAUAAAGGGCUAGAACUACCUUUUUCGCGAUACGGCCCCCACUGGAGGAACCUAAGACGUGCAGCACACGAUCUAUUGAAUAGGGAAGCAUGCUUGUCUCAUCUUCCUAUUCAACGUGCGGAAGCAAGUCAACUUAUGUACGACGUCCUUCAACAACCGCAGCAUCUAUACCAACAUAUCCGCCGAUAUGCAGCCUCAGUCGCGCUAUCGGUAACGUUCGGGCUUCACUGUUCCACCUACGACAAUCCUGUAAUCGAAGAAUUCUAUGAAUGUCAACGUAAAUGGGAACAUAUCCUUAGACCUGGCGGCCACCCUCCUGUCGACAUUUUCCCGAUCUUGAAGUACAUUCCGGAACGGUGGGCAUCGUGGAAAGGCUUAUGCAGAGAGGUACGAUCUCGACAACGGGAGCUGUACUUCCCUCUGGUGCAGAAUUGCAUCGACCGCAUCGAAUCCGAUAGGCGCAACCACUCGUUCAUAGAGUACGUGCUAGAACAUGAAGAUCAUUAUGAGUUCACGCGCGAAAUGACCGUUUAUCUUGGUGUUUCUCUGAUAGAGGCUGGCGCCGAUACUGCUGCCAUAUUCUUACAGUUCUUCUUGAUCUUUAUGCUCGCACAUCCAGACAUCAAGUUCCGAGCUCAAAAGGAGAUUGAUGAUGUGAUAGGGGAUAACCGGAAUCCAAACCUCGAAGAUAUCGGUGAUUUGCCAUACAUUAAGGCUAUCAUUAACGAAGUUCACCGCUGUCGCCCUAUCGCACCUACAGCAAUCCCUCAUGCGGCAACAAAAGACGAGAAGAUCGGUGGAUUCUUCAUACCUAAAGGGUCUCCGAUCUUUAUGAACAUAUGGGGUAUUGAGCACGGGACCAAGCCGGGUGUCGACACUACAGGACUCAGGAGCGAUAUGCCCAUGUCGUUUGGUGGAGGAAGACGCAUUUGCCCUGGCGUUCACCUUGCGUACAAUUCAAUUGCGAUGAACGUCAUGAACCUCUUAUGGGCAUUCAACGUCGAAUUACCCAAGGAUCCAUUGACGGGAAACCCAAUUCUUCCAGACGAAGAUGAUACCACGGAUGGCAUAUUAUUGACUCCCAAGCCGUUCAAGUGUGUUAUCAUCCCACGAAGCCAAGCGAAAGCAGACCUUAUCAGGAAACAAUUCGAAGCGGCCAAACCUACAUUUGAGCUCUUUGACAAUGCGGCGCUGAAGCGUGGUGCAACUUGAAGUAGACGGCCCGCCGAUGAGAUGAUAUACCGUCCUCUGAUUGUCAGUGCUGUGUUUCUUGUGAAGGAGAUUCUUGGGAGGCCUCGGUUAUGUGCGGUGCAGAUGUUAGGAUAGCUGUAUCAUCACCGUUAUGGGGGGAGACCAAAGUCGGCGAAGGAAGUACAGCGAAAGGCCGGCACUUCAGACAUAUGUACAGCCCUGUACAGCCAUCAAAAUAUAGCAUUACUUCCGAG